GUCCUGGUUGUCAGCAGCAAGAGGAGGAGACAUCGAGGAGUGCAGCACCCUCUGGGACUGGACUCUCCUCUCAGACCCGUGGCAGCCUUCUCAGCCAGCAGCAGACCGAGGAAAAAUCACCACCAUGAGAAUUGCAGUGAUUUGCUUCUGCUUAUUAGGCAUCACCUCUGCCCUUCCAGUUAAACAUGCUGAUUCUGGCAGCUCUGAAGAAAAGCAGCUUUACAACAAACACCCAGAUGCUGUAGCCACAUGGCUAAAGCCUGAUCCAUCUCAGAAGCAGAGUCUCCUAGCACCACAGAAUACGGUAUCCUCUGAAGAAACUGAUGACUUCAAACAAGAGACUCUCCCAAGUCAGUCCAAUGAAAGCCAGGACCACACAGAUGAUGUGGAUGAUGAUGACGACGAAGAUCAUGUGGACAGCCAAGACUCCAUCGACUCAAAUGACUCAGAUGACGAUGAUCAUACUGAUGACCCUGACAAUUCUGACGAGUCUCACCAUUCUGAUGAAUCUGAUGAACUGGUCACUGACUUUCCCACUGACUUUCCCACUGACUUUCCUGGAACCCCUUUUGCCACUCCAGCUGUCCCCACAAUAGACACAAAUGAUGGCCGAGGCGAUAGUGUGGCUCAUGGACUGAGGUUAAAAUCUAAGAAGUUACACAGGUCUGUCGUCCAGUAUCCUGAUGCUACAGAGGAAGACCUUACGUCACACAUGGAAAGCGAUGAGAUGGACGAUGCACACAGGGCCGUCCUUGUAGCCCAGGGCCUGCCCGUGGCUUCUGAUUGGGACAGCCGUGGGAAGGACAGCCAGGAAACAAGUCAGCUGGAUGACCACAGUGUGGAAACCCACAGCCACGAGCUUGCCAAAGGAUAUAAGCUGAAGGCGAUGGAUGCAAGCAAUGAGCAUUCUGUUGGGAUUGAUAGUCAGGAAAAUUCCAGAGUUAGCCAGGAGUUCCACAGCCGAGAAUUGCAGAGCCAUGAAGACAAACUGGCCUCAGACCCUCAGAGUGAGGAACAAGAUAAACAUCUCAAAUUUCGCAUUUCUCAUGAAUUAGAAAGUGCAUCAUCUGAGGUCAAUUAAAAAAAGAAAAAUACAAUUUUCUGCUUUUAGUUAAAAGGGAAAAAUACAUUAGAACGAGGUGGGAGACCAUAUGAAAUGCUUAUUUCUCAGCUUGGGUGGCGAAUGUAUAUGACGUGAAUCUGGAAUAGAUAAUGUUUUUAAUCAAUAGUUUAGUGUGUGGCUCCAUGUAACAACUUUGUAAACUAAAAGCUUCGAUGUUCUCUCCUUAUAAGUAAUGCAAAUUAACACUGUAUUUUAAUGUUUGCUAUUCUUUUACAAGUAGAAAUUUGUGUAGAAGCAAACAACAUGCUUUUUGCAGAAGUAAACAAAAUACUUUUACACAAUUAUAAGAGAACAUAAAAUUUAGUCACUAUAAUGGUUUGUUUUUCAAAUUAGUGUACAUUUUGUUGUGAUUAUUUUUGUUUACAUGAAUAAAUCUUUUAUCUCGAAUGUAAUGA